AUGGAAAAACCAGAUCACAAAACUACCAGACAAGUGAUCUUCGAAGAGAAAGAGUUCCUUCAAGUAGCAUUCAUCGUCGGCGUCGCACAUGGAAGAGGGAUGCUCAAAGAGCCUAUCAUAACGCGUUGGAAGACUUUUCUUAAAUAUUACGUGCCCGAAAUAUAUAAAAUCGACCGCUUCACAUCGAGCCAAUAUAAGCUGGUUUUCGACCUCAUCAAAGAUAUUGCGGAAUUCGCCAAGAAGUAUAAAGAGGCUGCGCCAGAGCAUAUUUUAGAGGCGGAGAAGGCAGCUCCGAAGGAGAGAUGGAAGGCGCCGACGGGUCUUGAGAAGUGGAUCGACAAGACUUGGGAUUUUGAGAUUAGGUGGUGA